AUUUUUUCCGUUUCGAUCGAAAUAGGAGCAUAUAGACAAAACGAAACAGAAUGUCACUUUGAAACAGUUAGUUCAUCAAGCUAACCGAUUUGAUUUUUGUCUUAAAAACUACACAGUUUUAAUAAUUUAAAUUAAAAUGAAACUAUUCUGUGUAUUUAUAUCAUUGUUGUUUAUAAUUGUUUCGGCAUACGAUCUAAUGGACUAUAAGAGGGAUGUUUUCAUUGCAAACCUACUCAUCCAGAAAGCUAGUGAAAUUAAAUAUCAAAAUAGAAAUGGACUGGAGUAUCUCAUUGAAAUCAUUGUUUAUGACGAUAAAUAUUUGAUGGACACAAUGAAUUUAAUGCUCACUAUACCGGAAUUUGCAGCAACUGACAAAAUAUAUGAAUGUGUGCUAGUUCAGAGAAAAUUGCAAUCAGAAAUAACAGUUGAAUUAUUUAUUCCUAUACCUGAAGUUCAAGAUAAAUUUGUUCAAAUAUUAAAAUUGAGUGAUCUUGGAAAAAAGAGAAGAACAUUUUCUAAAGCAGCUUUAAAGAAUUUAAUCAUCCGUGCACUAGAUGGAAACAAACCAGAUGUCUCUUUAGUGCAGCUGUGUACCUAUAUUGGAUUGUGGACGAGUACAAAAAUACCAAGCCACUAUAUAAAAGAUGUUUCAAUAGACGGCGAGAAUGGUGUUUGCAUUUUACUAGAUAAAGAUAACUGCGUUAAAAAAUACAGAUCCUUUGAUGGCAUAUAUUAUCAAGUAGACGUCGAUGACAUUGACCAUCGUAUAGUAAAACUUCAAGAACAGUUAUAAUAAUUUAGAUCUAGGUUCAAAAUUAUGGCUCAUCGUAAUUUAUACCAAUAUUAACUAUUAUUU